ACAAGAUAGAAUGGUACGCCCUGAGACACCAUCUUCGAUCACAUUGUAAUGUAUUAUACCGUCCUCGAUCCUUCCAAAGACACCUAUACCGGUAAUAACGCUACACGUCCAAUCCGCCAUUGCGCAUAGUCAGUCAUAUCUGUUGCAACAAGGCUUUGCUUAUUCUGUCUUAAAACGGAAAAAAUCCAAUUGAAUGGAAUAACAACUAAAAACGAAGAAUCUGGAUUCCGUUUGGAUAUAUUUCUGGAUAAUGUAAGAUGUGAGGCAUUUGUUAUGCGACGGCUUAUCUUCUGACGAUGGCUUUAGACUUACUUUGGGAUCUGCUCUCCUUGAAUAAGAGGACACAGAAACAUUUUAUUCUAGGCGCCAUCUUGCUUUCUUUUGUCAUUUUCGUCACAAAUGGUGAAAAUUUGUAUAAUUUUCCAACCGUUUGCGAAAGAUUUCCUGAUAUUCAUUGUCCAAACGGAGAGUGUACGAGAUACGAACAAAUAAAAUGUGAAAAUGGCAAAUGUAACAACUCAACUGGUUUGUGUGAAUGCGAGCCGUGCUGGGCAGGCAAAAGCUGUGAUAUACUUGAAAACAAUUAUCUUCCUUCUUUUGAUGAAUCAUCGUUGAGCGUAGUGGUGAAUAACUAUAAUGUAGAUGACGUCAUUACAUAUGUCGCCGCCACGGACAAAGAUGGUGAAAAAUGCAAAGCGAGCGACGCGGAUUGUCCAUGCGCGCGAAUUAUUUACGCCCUUGAGAGCGGGAAUGAAGACUCUCUUUUUCAUAUUCAUCCAAAGACUGGUGCCAUCCAGCUCUCGGGAAAAGGGAUUAGAAACAAGAGUGAAUUCCCGCCACCGGGAACGCACCUGAUAUUGGUGAUAUCUGCACGGAAUCCAGUACAUCGAUCGCGGAGAAGAAGAAGAAGAGAAAAUGACAAUAUCAGUGAUGGCGAUGAUGAUAAAGUUGUUGAUACGAUGAUUGUGAUGGUUGAAUUCGACGAUGAACCGGUCGCUGAGGUCAAUAAAUACAGAAAGAUUGAAAACCAUGUGAUCGAUGAAGUUGGCUUUCGUUACAGGAGAUCCUUAAGUGAUGACUCACAGGUUGUACACUCACGACGAAGAAGAUCGAAUUCAGGAGCACCAAGCGAAGCUACAUUUUUCUUGGAGAAAAUCGGUGACGCCAUCGACAUGACUGAAGUAAACAUAGGCGAGAACGUUGAACUCCGACUUACGUUGUGGUUACCAACCGGUACCACGACUGAUGUCGACGUCGAGUUCCUUUCUGAAAACGAAAAUGGUGCCGUAUUCAUUCUAUUUGAUCCAAGCAUCACGACAGUAGGUGGAAACUUUCCAAGCUUCGAUACCAAUAAUAUAGUGACUUCAUACUCCGCCUCAGCGGGUGAUGGAAGGCAUGAUCGGGUAUUGAUGAAUCUGGGUGAUAUCACGAAUAAUGGUGACGAUACGGCUGACGACGAACCUAACCAGAUCGAACUCCAGUUCAAGGCUAUUCUUACCGUCAACGAAGCUACUCAGUACGAUGUCGCAUAUGACCUGUCAGCUGCUGUGACCUAUGGAUCGAGUGACGACAUUUGGGCUGGGACCACAUCAUUUACCCCCGUUGAUGACCGUGAUGACUGGGCAAUAGCAUCACCCCUCGUCUCCAUAUCAGGACCAGAUGGUCAAAAUAUGAGUGUUGAGUCAUCAGCAAUAUUCUCUAUCGACAUCGUUCUUCGUAAUUACGCCUCUGAAAACGUCGUCGUUGACCUGAUCGCAGACAACUUCACCGCUGAUCCUGUCAUGACCAUAUGCGAUUAUGAAGUAACUGGGAAAGGAUCCAACUACGAUUGCAUGUCAGAUGAAUCCUACACAUUUUCGACGAAAGAGGUCAAUGGAACUAUCUGGACAGUCCUAUCAACCCUUGACCUCGGAACAUGGGUCAACCAAGGUCUUCGGUACGGGUCAUCGACCGAUGCCAGUAAUACAAUCAGCACAGAAGCAAUUGUCCAUCUGACAGAUAGUACGGAGAUCGAGGAUUAUUCGACCUACUGGUUUGGUGUGGCCGUAUCUGUUAAUAACGAGAUGAUAUACUCUAAUCAGUAUGGUAUCCACGCUCAACCAAUCAGCUCACCUGAUAUGACCACCGAACCAACCAUCGAUUUUUAUCCCAUCGAUGGCAACCAAUUGGUUGUCGGAGCCUGUGUUGGUUUCGUAGUGACCAUCGAUCUCCAAGAAGAAGUGACGUCACGACUGAUUGUUGACCUCUCAUUACCUGUGACCUCGAACUCAGAAACCCAAAUGAGAGUAUGUAGUGCGCAGGUAGUUUCAGCGGGUUAUAAUAUCCCAUGUGCCUCCAAAGUCGUUCCAACAUACGUUGAGCUGGAUGGAGAGAACAGGGACUAUGUUCGAUUGGACUUUGGUAGAGUGACAAACAUAGGCAGACGAUCAGAGGCUGGAGAUAAUGAACUCAAGGUUCAUAUUAGUGCUCAACUACUCUUUGAUGCACCCGAUGCUUCAAAUGGAACAGAGUUAACGAUUACGGCUGGUGUCCGGUAUGAGAUGGAACAGAAUGAUCUAGUUUGGAUGGUCCAGUAUCCUCUACUUGCUGUAGAUCAACGAUUAGCCGAUUAUACUUCAGCUGCCAAGCACCCAAGCUUCACACUAACCAACCGUGCUGACGAUGACUACCUCUACCCGAAGUCGGCUGUUUCUUUCGAGAUCGAGAUCGAGAUCCCAGCUGAGACAACCCAUCCUGAUCUAAUCGUGAUCAUCAAGGCUCCCAAGGAUGACAGAGAUAUGAAGAAACCAUUCAUGAGCAUCUGCCGGGUCGAAGUCCUGACCGUCAGUGACUUGUUUCCAUGUUAUAAUGCCAACAGAACGAUCUUCACACAUGAGAGUUCAUCAAAUAAUUCAGCGGCAAUUGACAAAACCACUGUGAACCUUGGGGUAAUCAGCAACACUUAUCUUGAAGAGAUGAUGACAGCAAACCCUGACAGUAAGGCCACAGUCACUCUAGGUGUCUUCAUGCAUUGGGAAGAUCAUGAAUAUCAUGAAGAUGAUGCUACACUUCCGGUUACAGUCAUGGCGGAAUGGGGUCAUGAAGGGUCAUGGUCUGACACCAUCGACUACGUCACCGAACUCAACACCGAUCCUGCUCUUGAAAGUUCGGAUGAGAGCCCUCAGUUUCAGAUGACCCUGGAUGCUGGUAGAUCUCGUCAUUUGAAGGCUGGUUCUACUGCUGUCUAUACCCUAGUCAUGUAUACUCCAGUCAACACAGUCACUACAUACGCCCUUGAUGUUACAGCACCCAACGAUACACUAUCUGUCUGUCGUGCUCAUUUCCGUUAUGGUGGUGAUAACAUACCAUGCUUUGAUGAGCGAGAUGAGAUGUUAAUGUCUUAUGAGGAAGAUGGACAUCGAGAUCGAGCUUUCCUUGACCUGGGUCCAGUCAGAAAUACAGGUAUCACCACCUCUAAUCAGGCGGAUAAUCGGAUCGUGGGUCAAGUAGUUGUCAAAAUGGAGGAAGCUGCUCUUCCACCGGAUAACCUCACUUUGCCGGAUCCUCAAGGGUUUGGUGUAACAGUUCAAGUCGGAGAGACGGAUAGUUGGAGCUUUGCAGAUACACUUACAGUGGAUACGAAUGAGACUAUUCCAAAUAAUCUGAAUCCUCUUCCUGAUGCCACGUUGACAAAGCUUCACGCUGCUGAAUCUCGUGUCACUAUCGGUGGAGUUGUUGAAUUCAAUCUGGAUAUCUUCAUUCCACCCGAGUCUAUUGCCCACUAUGAAAUCGAAUUCCAAAGCGACAUUGAUGAACCUUACAAGACGACGAUCUGCGAGGCAAGGAUCAUCGCAACAGGAUGGAAUAUUCCUUGUGUGAAUGGAUCAUUCAUCGAAACUAUCUACAACUCUUCAACUGAUAAUCAGCAUAUCGAUAUAGCCUAUCUAGAUGUUGGGGUGAUCACCAAUAUGAGGAUGAAGAGCGAAGGACUUCCGGUCAAAUACGACAAAAAUAUGGUUCGAGUUCAGCUUCUGACUCGUCUAGAACUGAAUGAUACGAUUGUAGAAGGAGACGAAUUCUGGUUGGGUGGAGCUGUCAAGAUAGAUGAAUUCAAUGAGAUCAUUCUUCAGUCAGGAUUCAAUGCUACAGAAGAACCUCUCUAUCCGGAGACGUACACUGAGCCAACGUUCCACGUGAAGCGACCUCAAGGCAAUCUAAGUCUGACAAUCGGUGAAAAGGCCCGUUACUAUCUCAACAUAUCUACCACUGUCACCACGACACCGAUGGCUAUCAACCUAUCUCUACCAAUCGCUGGUGAUGAAGCCUUUUUAACCAUCACGGAUAUACAGCUUGAACAUGUAGGAAAGAACUUUGGAUGUUUCCAGCUCUGGGACGAAGAGUUUAUACCGACAACGGUGUCGUCGUUGGGUUCAUCACAAAACGAUACCGCGCUCAUUGACUUCGGUGUCAUAUCUAAUCACGGCACAUCACACAAGUACCAAUACUUGCCAUCUAAUCUAGGUGAUGACGAUAUCAUAGUCUCUUUUGAGAUCCAGCUCGCUGAUCAUUACCAGCUAGUCAACCAAACACUUCUUGAUUUUACCAUCACGUUUCUAUAUAGUCUGGACAGGGAAGUUACUUUCACUGAGACAGUAGAAGCUCUUAUGAUGCCUUGGGACCUACCUAUUAUUGAUAUUAAUAUGACAAUAGAAGAUUAUUACAUCAGGGAUGUACACCAAGGUGACGUGGUUCAAGGACGUAUCUCCUUGAAGCACAACGAAAGAUCAUCAUCACAUGCUCAUGCUGUCAUGAUAAACCUGAUGACACCUCAUUUUAUCGGUGUUGAUCCCCUGAUCGAGAUCGAAGGACCUUCUUUAUGUACCGAAACCAGUGAUGAGGGGAUCAAAUUCCACUUCUCUGAGAUGUUUUUCACUGAUAUCUUCACCAUGUGGUUCAAUAUCACAAUCGAUGAGGAUCGCUACAUGCCAAUUGAAAUGGAUGUCAUCAAUACAACUGUACCACUUGAAGUUGUCUAUUACAAGACAGGUGGAUUAGAUGAUAAUGAUUACGUCAUUCUUGGCGAUGUAUUCAGUACGGAACUAGAGCUUCUUGAUUUGACAUACACGAUCGAAGCUUGUGCUGAAAGACUGGAUUACGCUAUGAGUAGAGAAUGUCAGUUUACAGCUAGUUCAACACUGAAUGAUUCACACGCCCCUCAUACAGCAACUAUUAAUUCAAUGACAGGAUGGGCUCCUGGUUCAAGAUACAUGCUACCAUACCUUGGCAAUGACUACCUACAGGUGAAGUAUCCGUCUCUGAUGCGAUUCAGUGGUAUCAAGAUGCAACAAGGACCUAAUGGAACUCACUAUGUUGAUUCAUUUCAAAUCAGCUAUAGUGAAGAAGAUGUAGUCUGGUUUGAUUAUGAGCAAGAUGGAGCAGUUAUGACGUUUCAAAAUUAUGACUACCACGCGUUUGUCCCGGAAGUAAAUGUGACCGAAGAUCCGUGGGUCAUCCACCUCUUUGCCAAUCCGUUCAAUGCCCGGUUCUUCCGAAUCCGACCACAGACACACAAGAAUGAUACCAACUAUCCGAUCUUACGUUUUGAAUUGUAUGGGUGUCUUAGGGAAAUUGAAAGUGGUGGAGCAGACGUGUGCGCUGUCGAGCAUGAAAAAGAUUUCGGAUACUUUGAACGAGGAUUCCUUGUUGAUCCGAUAACAUGGACGGUCUACGUAUGUCUUCUGGAAUACAUCGACGGUCCAACACGAUGUUCAUAUUCAAAAGACAAUGGCACAAUUUGGGAAGCCAUCGACAACAGCGUAGCUAACGUGAUUGGUAUCCAUAACGAAACGAGUGAGCUUUACGGGAUCUCACAGAACAAAGAAUCUAUGGUUAUCAGUACCGAUCUAGGUGAUAAGUUCUACAGCACCAACCCCGACUAUUACUAUGGUCUUCUAGCCGAGCCAGGGCGCAUCAUCCAGACUAUGAAGAUACCAUGGGAUGACAUUGAAGAUGAACCGGACAAUGAUGACUGGGAAUAUAGUAUGAUGACGUUACCUGAGCCUCUGAGUAAUACGACUACAGCUAGUAUAUCAAUGGAAUGGGCAGGUGCAAAAGCUGGACUUUAUUUCCGUGAGAUAUUCUUCGAUGGAAUGAACUCUACAACAGUGUCAAACUGGACGUUGAUUGGCGAUUGGGGGUAUCCGUAAUAUUGGUUGCCAACCAACGGUAUGCCAAUAUCGUUUUGGUUUCUGUGCAUUGCUCUCUCGAGUAUAGUAUUUUUAAGGGAUUGACAGUCACUAAGUUCUGGAUGAGAUUUGCCUCGGAAAUCAGUCCGUUGGGGCGGAGCUCCACUCUGGGUCUGAAAUGACCUGGGAAAAAUACCUCAUCUCUUGGUCAGAUCAUACCCGCUCUGAAACGAUGCAUUGCCCAAACAGACUUAUAUCCGGGUCAAAUCUGACCCGGUUCAAACAGACUGAUAUCCGGGUCAAAUCUGACCCGGCCCAAACAGACUGAUAUCGAGGUCAAAGCUGACCCGGUCCAAACAGACUUAUCCGGAUCAAAUCAGACGUGGGAUUUCAAAAAUAUUUGUCAGGAAGCUUGUUUGAUAAUUCCUAGCUAAAAAGUUAAGCCUUCAUCAUGAAAUUUAAUGUAAUCAGUUGAAUAAUGUUGAAUGAAAUAUAUGUUUAAGAUUUUAAAAAAUAGAUUGGUAAACCCAAGAAAAAUAUAUAAAAAGGAAUACAGCACGCCAGAUACGAAUUUUUUUUCCGAAUUAUUCAUAGGUGUUUUGUUCAUAUUUUUUCAAUAAUUUUUUUUUGGAUGAAUUAUAGUGUUUCUACAGGAAAAUUUCAUGUUAAUAAGUAAAUUUUGUUUAACUGUCUUUAGUAUACAAAUGAUUUAUAAAUAUUAUAUUUCUAUUUAAUACGUGCCAAUUGUAUAAAUGUAUAAUUAUUGUACUUAAUGUAUAAUUGUUUGUAAGCGCAGUUUUCAAUGCCAUAUAGAUCAUGUAUAUCGUAGACACAGACUAAUGAAUGCAAAAAUGGUAAUUAACGUGGUUAAUGACAAAAGACUAGAAAUAACAUUUCUUUAGUAUUUCUAUUUGCUGUAAUUUUUAUCAUAUUCUCAUAAUAUCAAUGAUUUAUUAUUUUCUUGUCCUUGAACAGUACAGUGAUAAUUAUUCCUGUUGCUAUCACCCUCAACCAAAUCUACCGAUAUCAUAACUAUUAUUUCGAGGAUAUUCCAUCGAUCAACUUUGAGUUGGUUUUGUUGACCUUAGAAUAAAGAUCAUGCACCCUUGUUCAAUAAUUGUUUUCACGACCUAUGUACUUGACAGGGGCCGCGGAAGCGAGGGGGGGGGCUGAAGCCCCCCCCCCCUCCCACUUUUUUCCAAAACCAUGUACAAAAACGUAAAAAUGACCAUACGAUUGUGAUUUUUUGCAUGGUCAGCCCCCCCCCCCCACUUUAAAAACCGUUCCGCGGCCCCUGCUUGAUAGUAUGUGAUUGAAUUUAAUUUCGUUGUAUAUAUACGUAAUUUAUAUCAUAAAUUAGAAUAUGACGAAGGGAAUAAAUCCUCAAUUGAAAACAA